AAAAGGCACAAUAGAAAUGGAAAAGGGCAUCGAUGGAGAUGGAGAAGGAGAAGCAGGAACAGAAUGAAGAACAUCACAUUGAUAUGAAGCAGAAGACGGAGAAUCAACAGGAUGAGGUUGUUAAAGCUCGUCGGCCUUUGAAACUGUCUCGCAAAAACACUCUGCAUCCCAAAGAGAGUCUCCACGACCUCCACAGCUUCGGAUGCAGCGAAUCGGAUCUCUGGUUGAAUCCUCCAGCUUGCAUUCGCUCCCCACCUUAUGCGACCUUGUAUGGCAUUGAAGCAAGUAGAAUCUUGCUCCAGGAGGACCGCAGAAAACUAAAAAAAUCCCUGGCAUCACCUUUAAGGUGACUUGGUGCAGUACUGGUAGUCCUCUUUGAUUAUUCCUAUCGGCUAUCUCGUGAUCUAACUAUCUAUUAGGACUGAAGUUAAUCGUAGUUAUGAAGCUUUUGUUUAACACUUUCAAUUAGACUGAAGUCAAUCCUAGUUCUGAAGCUUUUGCUUAACAUAUUAUGUUAAGAUCGGUUUGUUUAUUUCCAUGUAUUAAG